AGCGUUUUGAACCUCAAUGACUCGGUCGACUGCGUGUUGUCCAGAUGGGCGGAGCACCAGCAGAGGUCCUUAGCCGAUAGAAGAGGAUGGCUCAAGAUUGGGCCGCAUACGCUGCUGCCCUGCAGGCUUUGGCUCCGGCGCAAAUGGGGUUAACUGGGCAAGCAGCGCCUGCAGCCCCGACACUGCCUAGUUUGCCUGCAGUGGCCCAACACCCCCCAGCAGCCCCACUUGCCGACGCGGCAACCAUUGCUGCAGCCGUGGCCUUGUUGCAACCACAGAUCGCCGGAGGUGCCGGCUACGGUGCGCUUCGCUCGGCCAGUAUUUCAUCACCCCCAGCUCCAUAUGGCAAGGCGCCCUCAGUCAAUCCAUGUGGGGCAGGGAUUGCAGCACAGGUUGAUGCAAACGCAGCGUUGUCAGCCAUCCCAGGCUUAGACCCAGCGACCCUGGCUGCAAUUGCUGAAGCCUUGGGGAACUUCAGUUCUGCCCCAGCGCAGGCGACUGGGAAUCUUCAAGGUCUUCAGGGCUUGGAUUUGAACCUUGCAGGACUGGCCAACAGUGGCAACCGAAAAGGUGUUGGGCCGGCUCCAAACUCUGGCGGGCUUUUGGGUCCACGGCCGCCCAGGAACCCACCUGGCGUGAUUGGAAGAAGGCCUCGACCAAAAGCAGUGCCUGCUCCUUUACCAGCACUCCGAGAAGAGGACGUGGCAAAUUCAUAUGCUUUGCUGGAGGCAGCUGAGGCUCGCGAUGAGGGGCGGUGUCGAGCGCUUGUCCAGCACCCCAACUUCCGCCACGUGAACCAGAAAACCAAGGAAGGCAGGACGGCACUGCACCUGGUGAUGCUGAAGAAACUUCCAGAGGACCUUUGCUUGGCCAUUGCCAAGCACAAAGACUUCAAUGAGGUGAAUGCAGUGGACACGUUUGGCUACACGCAGCUGAUUCUUGCCGCCUCCAAGGGCAUGUCCCAGGUGUGCAAAGCCAUCCUUGACAGGGAUGACUUCGUAGGUAUCAAUGCCCAGGACAAGUGGGGUGCCACGGCGCUUCAUUGGGCAGCGGACCAGGACUUAGCCGAGGUUUGCGAGAAGAUUUUAUCCCAUCCGGAGUUUGUAGAGGGCAACCGAAGAGCUUGGAGCUUUGCUUUUGAAGACAAGACGGCAUUGGAUGUGGCUUUGAACCGCAACUGCAAGGCUGCAGCUGAAGUGAUCCGCAAGCACGUGGGUCCGCGAUAGCAGCCUCGGCCGUGAACCCUGUCAGGGAAGCGG